AUGGGCUACAUCCGCUGCGCCCGGGAGUGCGUGCCGCACAUGAUCGCGUCGGGCGGCGGCCGCAUCAUCAACAUCGGCGGCAUGGCGGCGCGCAACUCCAGUCCAACCAACCCGGGGUCAGGCGUCACCAACUCGGCGAUGUCCAACUACUCCAAGGCCCUGUCGGACGAUGUCGCCGCCGACGGCAUCCUCGUCAACUGCAUCCACCCGGGCAGCACCCGCACCGAGCGCUACAUGGGCCUGGUUGCGGAGCGCGCCGACCGAAACAACACCUCAUCGGAAGCGGAGCUGGCUGGUUCAGUUGGCGAAAUACCAAUCGGCCGCAUGAUCGAGCCGGAUGACAUCGCCAAUCUCGCGGCGUUCCUCUGCUCGGAUCUGGCGUCCGCGAUCACCGGCCAGACCAUAGCGGUGGACGGCGGGGCGGGACGCGGCGUCCAUUUCUAG